AAAGUCUCUCAUUCCUAAUCACAAAAACUUUCAUGUCGUUAACCUGAUUGAUAGCUGAAUACUGUUGACUGUGGGGGAGAUGGAGAAAGCUUACAGGGGAAGUAAAAGCUGCUAUGGGAAUACCAUCUUUCUACAAAUGGGUCGUCAGCAAGUACCCAAGCAUCAUCUCCCCUGUGAAGGACGAACCAGAGGAGUGCCCUGAUGGCAUCAUCUACGACAACCUCUACCUCGACAUGAAUUGCAUCAUCCAUUGCUGCUUCCACCCACAGGACCAGCUAACGCAUGCAGACAUAGAUGUGCGCCCUCCGACGACGGCCAAUGAGGUGUUCGAGUCCAUGUUCGAGUACAUGGACCGCUUGUUCCGCAUCGUCAGGCCAACAAGUCUGCUGUACUUGGCAGUAGACGGCGUUGCUCCUUUUGCCAAAAUGAACCGAAUACGAAGGGGACGUUUCCACUCCGCCAUGGAAAGACUUGCUGAGGAACCACCGCGAGAGAUUUCCGAAGUUUCUGACCCCAAUGUCAUCAGCCCAGGUACUGAGUUCAUGGAGAAGGUAUCAGAAGCCCUCGAGUACUACAUCCGUGCCAGAUUUAACAGUGACCCCUGGUGGAGAGACAUCAUGGUGGAUGUUGCUGACAAGUUUAACAUAUCUGUUCUGAAGGUAAUACUCUCUGAUGCGAGUGUUCCUGGAGAAGGAGAGCACAAGAUCAUGUCUUUCAUCCGUGCGCAAUGCAGCAUGGAAGGCUAUGAUCCCAACACUCGACACUGCUUGUUUGGGCAUGAUGCGGAUCUGAUAAUGCUUGCUUUGGCAUCUCACGAAGUCUACUUCUCUAUUCUGCGUGAGGAUGUGCUCUACCAAAAUCAGGAAGAAACGGAAGGGAAUCCGAAGAAAUCAUUUCUGUUUUUGAACAUGUGGGUUCUGAGAGAGUACUUGGAGAUUGAAUUCAAGAUACUGGACCCAGUCUGCGAGACUGAUAUUGAGAGGCUAAUAGAUGACUUCAUCUUUAUUUGUUUCCUUAUGGGAAACGAUUUCAUCCCACAUAUUCCGUCACUUAAGACGCAAGAGGGUGCGGUUGAUCUUCUCAUCGAAGUGUACAAAACAACCUUCAACAAAAUGGGAGGGUAUAUUACCAACACAGACAAAGUCAAAGAUAAGUAUGGUGCAUAUCUGGAAGUCUCAAGGCUGGAAACAUUUUUUCAUGAACUCUCCAUGUAUGAAGAUAAAAUUUUCCUCAAAAGAUAUGAUCUGAAACAGGAUUCGUUGCUGGAGACAUAUCAUGAAAUGUUGCGUGAAGCUCCAGAAAGCGAAAGACCAGAACUGAGACAAAAAUUAGAUGAUCUCCUUUUUAAUGAAGAAAACCCAUAUGACAGUAUAAGACUAGGCUUACCAGGAUGGAAGUCUCGGUUCUUCAGGGAGCAUUUCGGUGCCAAAACUUCUAGUGAAAUUGGGAAGCUGCAGAACGACAUGGCGCAAAAGUACUUAGAAGGACUUUGUUGGGUGCUUCAAUGCUAUUUCGCAGACGUUCCAUCAUGGAGCUGGUACUACCCGUUCUAUGUUGCUCCUUUCGUAUCUGAUCUCAAAGGUCUAUCUAGGAUCGAGAUAUCUUUCACUGUGGACAAACCAUUACGACCAUUCGAUCAGCUUAUGGCAGUUUUACCGAUGCAAAGCUGGGGUGCUCUCCCAAAAUGUUACGAGAAAAAAAGGGACACCCCUUUUUACUACCCGAGGUUGGUGCAUGCCAAGGAUGGGAAAUAUUUCUUGUGGAGGGGCAUCUCUGAGGAACUGCGGCUUUCGGCCAGCGAAAUGGUAGAUAGAAAGCUCACGACCCUUGAAUCGAGACGGAAUACCACUAGGAAAGAGAAGGUGUUUCUGCACAGGAGCUCGAACUCUGUGCCACACAAUGGAGGCUCAAGCUCUCUGCCACACAACGAGGUUACUGAACAAGCAUCGCACUGUUCGAUGCAGAAGCUUCCGAUAGAUUCAGCUACGAGGUGCACAAAGUCUGAACUGAGAUGUGGAAUUGGAGGGUGGAUAGCGCCUGCUUACAAUGAUGGCUUCUGCGACGGUUUCUUCCCCUCACCCACACCAAACCUGCAGGACAUAACGAGUGAUCAGACAAUAUCAGGUAUGUUCUUCAACCCUGAGGCGGCGAACCCAGUUCCAAGACUGCUUGGCAAUGUCAGAGUUCCUGACAAGACUGUUACGGGAGCUGACAUCUCCAAGAGGCCACUCUGGCACACGUACCCGGGAUCAAGGCCGCCGCGCAUCGUUCAGAGGCCGGACACCGUGUGGAAGCCGAGCACGCCGGCGUCGCCGCGGGAAGAGCACAAGAACGCCGGCACGGGCUGGAUCGGGCGGGGGAGAGGGAACGCCCUUGCCGCCGCCGCCGCCGCCGAGACGCAAUGGAAGAGCAGCAGCUACAGCUACAGGAGAGGGGGUGGUUUCCAGCGGGCGGCCAUGGCACAAAGCCGAGGAAGCAGCAGCAGCUUCGACGGCGGCGGUGCGUACAGUUUCCGGCCGCUUGGAAGUGCGCCGUGGACCGCCGGGGACGGCAGCCGAAGCGGAGGCGCCGGCCAUGGCGGGAUUGUGCAGCCACGUGGUUGGUAGGAAACUAGCUCAGGAAUCAAAUAGCUUGGUGAUCUCAUCCCACCGUGUAUAUUCUGUGCCCGUGUGCCGACUGUAUAUAUAGCUUCUACGUUUCUUUUCUCUAAAAGGAUGUCCUCUGUUUUUUAACGUGAAAAAUCAUGAAUUAGUUGUAACAUACUGCCUCAAUCCUAAAAUACGUGCAUA